AUGAACGGACUGAAAAUGAAUGCUGAGAGGGUCAGAGGUUCAACAUACUUGACACCCAACAUCAACAUGACCUUGCCCACUGAGGGUCACUGUGGAUCAUGCUGGGCUUUCAGUGCCACCGGUUCAUUGGAAGGUCAACACAUGAGGAAGACAGGAGAGUUGGUCGAACUCAGUGAGCAGAACCUUGUCGACUGCUCUUUCAAUUAUGAUAACAACGGUUGCAAUGGUGGUCUCAUGGACAAUGCUUUCAAAUACAUCAAAGCUAACAAAGGCAUUGACACUGAAACAGCUUACCCAUACGAGGCUAAAAGUGGAGAAUGCAGGUUCAAGGAAAACAAAAUUGGAGCCACCGUGACAGGAUUUGUUGACAUUUCUAAAGGCAGUGAAGAANAAUUGCAGGAAGCCCUGGCCACAGUUGGACCGGUGUCUGUUGCCAUCGAUGCUGGUCACGAAUCGUUCAUGUUCCUACAAAUCAGGUGUGUAGAUGAGCCAGAAUGCAAUGAUGAAAAAAUGAAUCAUGGUGUGCUUGCUGUUGGCUAUGGAAGUAUGGAAGGAAAGGAUUAUUACAUCGUCAAAAACAGCUGGGCUACAUCAUGGGGUGACAAAGGCUACGUACAUGAGCAGGAACAAGGAGAACCAAUGUGUAAUUGCCAACAUGGCCAGUUACCCACUCGUCUAACAAACACGUCUGCAUUUGAAACAUUCAUUUUGCCCGUGUAAUUAUUUUUCCAACAAACUUGUACUGAUUUCGUAUUUAAACCUAUGCUUAUAACAACUGUCAUAAAAGAUUUAAAAUUUUUAUUAUUUGAUUCAAAAUUUAGUGAUGAUUGUUUUGCAGAAAAUUUUUGUUAAAAAUUUUGUUAUGAUCGCAUUGUUUUUUGAAAUAGCCCAUUUAAAUAAAGCGCAUCACUUUUCUGUGAUCACCUUCAUAAUAUCUCAACAUUAACAGAAAUGUGUUUUAAUUCUGUUUCACUCUAUUUUAACAUUAUUCAUUUUAAUUCACAAUUAAUUUUUGUCUGGUUUGUUUAAAUCGCUAAUAUAAAUUGAUUCAAUGAUAAUUAUCUUUUAUAAUAAAUUAUUUUAAUGGAAUAUAAAUCAUA